AUGAUUGCAACAAUUCCAAUGAUCGCAGCAUCACCUAACGUGGAUUUGAUUUCAUCUUCUUUAAUAUCGGUAGCAUUGAUCCCAAUAGCAACACCAAUAAUUACCGUAACAAGACAAGCAAAAACCAAACAUUUGGUUGCUAAAAGUAAAACCCGAGGUGUCUUGUCAUCUUUGCCUGCACAUGUUGCAAGGCAUAUUACAGAAAUACAAGACAGAAUGCAAGCUAUAGUAACAAAAGCUCUUGCAGCCAGAAUCUUGAUGCAUGUAUGGGAUGAAUCAAAGUCCGAUGGACAAAUAACAUUUCAAUAUUAA